CGCACGGCACUCACGCAGAGCUUCUGGAGGAGGUGAUAGCAAUAGCUUCUAGGGGGCCAAAGCCAUACCCCGAUCCGAGUAGGAGUCCAAUUCCUGACCCGCAAAUACCCGCUGAAUUCAUCCGCCUCGUCUAAUUUACGCCGCUUUGAUUGGGGCACGCACGCAUCGCACAUGGUGGAGGAGAUUGGCUGCCAGAGACAGACGGGCAUUGUGGUCGCCAUGCCCAGCCAGGUGGCAUCGAGCACCGGAACUCCAGCUCCAGCCGCCGGCGGCAUUCACCAGCAGCAGCAGCAGCAACAGCAACAUCAGCAGCAGCAGCAACAUCAGCAGCAUCAGCAACACCAACAGCAGCAACACCACCAACAGCAGCAACACCACCAACAACAGCAACACCAACAACACCACCAACAGCAGCAACAUCAACAACUCGCCAGCAAUAUGAGCCUAUUGACCGUUAAGGGCGGCGGUCGUUACCUUUGGACCGAUCGGGAGCUACUGAUGCACCUCCAGAACUACACUCCGCUGAUCCUACUCAUCGAUUUCGUGGAGAAGACCCGGACCAAGCGAUUCUACGAGAGCUCCGAGCGCUAUGAGAUCCUCAUGCUGGUCUUCAUCAUGCGAAAGGGAGCGCCGUUCUGUGAGAACAAGCGUUUUCCGGCGGAAUAUUGGGUCAACCUGUCGGUGGGACCAAUUGCCGAGGCUAUUGAUCGGUUGCAGGCGGCCAUCGACAUACCGGAUCCCCAGCUGCCGAUCCAUAUGAGCGUCACGGAUUUGACCAGCUGGAAGCAGAUGUUCGAUCUGGCCAUGCUGGAUAUAAGGCGUUUUGCGUACUACACCGAUCCUUUGCAGCUGGCCGAUGCGGGUGUCUUUAAUCGAAUCACCUUCGAGCAGCGAUUCGGAAUGCAAUGGCAGGAGUAGUAGUGGGAAUCGAUACAGGAUAUAUGUCACGGAAUACAGGAUAUAAGCACACCCCCUGCACCAACACAACUCACCACAUUUUGAUGGAUCACGGAAAGGGUAAAAUACGUUAGGCUGGUUGUAAACGGUGACGCAGUUAAUUUACACUGUUUA